UAAAUUAAUAAAAUAAUAUUAAUAAUUUUACCAAGUGAUAAAUUCAUUAAAAUAUAUAUAUAUAUAAUUAAUAAUUAAAUAACUCAAGGUGCUAUUGUGGACUCAACCUAAUGGAGCUGUGACCGCUCCAUUACUCCCACUUGAGUUUGUUUACAUAUAUAUGUAUGACCGUGUUUUUGACAUUUCUUUUUAUCCUUUUUAUGAUUGAAAGCAAUUGAAAGUUUUGCAUGUGGUAAAGCAGAAAAUGGAAUCAAAUAGUGUUCGAUUAUGAUUUUUUUAACUUUAGGCUUAGUUGAAACUUAAGAAUUCAUAAUUUCAUAUAGGUUCUUGAAAAGAAUCUAAACAAUGUUUCGAAGUCGCAGUUGGUUUGGUGGAGGGUUUUGGAAACCAAAAAAUCGUCACUCUUUAGAACAUCUUAAAUAUUUAUAUAAUAUCCUGUCAAAAAAUCAAACUGUUUCGGAUAAUAAUAGAGGUUUGUUGGUGGAAACCUUAAGAUCUAUAGCUGAAAUUUUAAUAUGGGGCGAUCAAAAUGAUAGUAGCGUUUUUGACUUUUUCCUGGAGAAAAAUAUGUUGUCUUUUUUUCUACGAAUAAUGAAACAAAAAUGUGGCAGCUACGUAUGUGUACAAUUACUUCAAACACUUAAUAUCUUGUUUGAGAACAUUCGCAAUGAAACAUCUUUGUAUUAUUUACUGAGUAACAACCAUGUGAACAGCAUCAUUGUUCAUAAAUUCGAUUUCAGUGACGAAGAAGUAAUGGCAUACUAUAUAAGUUUUCUGAAGACAUUAAGCUUGAAGUUAAAUGCACAUACUAUUCACUUCUUUUAUAACGAGCACACGAAUGACUUUCCACUAUAUACUGAAGCGAUAAAGUUCUUCAAUCAUUCUGAAGGAAUGGUCCGUAUUGCAGUACGCACUUUAACUUUAAAUGUUUAUCGAGUUGAAGAUGCUUCUAUGUUAGCUUUUAUAAGAGAUAAAACAGCAGCUCCUUACUUCAGUAACCUUGUUUGGUUUAUUGGAAAUCAUAUCAUAGAAUUAGAUACGUGUGUUAGAAAUGAUGCUGAUCAUCAAAGCCAAAAUAGGUUGUCUGAUCUUGUAGCUGAACAUUUAGAUCAUUUACAUUAUUUGAAUGAUAUUCUUUGUUUAAAUAUAAAAGAUUUAAAUAAAGUCUUAACGGAACAUUUACUUCGUAAACUUCUGAUUCCUCUUUAUAUAUACUCUCUCGUAAAACACAAAAAUACUUAUAAUAGCAAAAUGGAGAAAAAACAUGUCAGUAUAGUGGUAGCUCUGUUUCUUCUUUCGCAAGUGUUUUUGAUAAUUUCACAUGGACCUCUAGUUAAAACAUUAGCUGUUAUUAUUUUAAUGUCAAGCUUAGAUGCUGUUCAAAAUGGAUCUAAUAAAAUAUUAGAAGAUUAUAUUGACUUGGUUUUGAGUAAAUGCAUUGCUUUUACGCCUCCAAAAGAAACUUUAGAAAAGUCAUUGGAAAACCUUGCUGAAUCUUUAAUUGAUCCCAUCAAAAUAGAAGAAGAUAACAGUAAAAGCGGCGUUGAAGAAGAUUAUGAUAUGGAAAAAGCAGUAGAUUCAAAUAUGCCAAGUACUUCUUACGAUUCUAUUACCAAAGGAGAUACUUUUAGCUCAUUGAACGAACUGGAAGCUAUAAUUACGCAGGGAACUAUUGAGGAAAUAAAACAUUUAAAUGUCACGGAUGAAGAAAAGGAACAAAGACUAGCCCUAGAAACUCCACUGGUUCCUCAUCAAGUUUUACAGAAUCAGUUUCAAGCUAAUCUAUCAAAUAAACCAUUUUUGGAAACUAUUUUGAAUUCAUUAUGUUGCACUGAAAAUGAUUAUGCUGCGCUGUUUGCACUGUGUCUCCUGUUUGCUUUGGCAAAUAAUGAGGGUGUUCAUUCUGAAAUAUUGAGCAUAUUAUUAUCACCUACUAAAGAAUCUUCCAGGAACUGGUAUAACGGAAUACUAAUUGACAGAUUGAUACAGAUCAUAACAUUAAGUUGUCAAACAAAUGCCAAGGUGCGACUGAUCACUUUGGAGUUAACUAUAAAAAUUUUAAUACAAUUAGUUAUUUCUGAAGGCAGAGGUCUAAUUAAUGAUUCGCAUAUAGCUGCAAUAGAAACUGCAAAAGAACAAAGUGCAGUGCAACUCAGAAACUUUUACAAGAGUGAAGAUAUAUUUCUUGAUAUGUUUGAAGACGAGUAUAGUGAAGUUCAAAAACGACCUUUGAAAGUAGAAUGGUUGAUGAUGGACAGUAACAUAUUGCUACCGCCAACUGGUACACCAAUGACCGGAAUCGAGUUUAGUAAAAGAUUACCUUGUGGCGAGGUUGAAAGAGCUCGUCGUUCUAUAAGAGUUUUUUUCUUGAUAAGAGAACUUGCCUUAACUAUCAAUACGGAAAUGGAGACCCACCUCCCAUUGACAAAUCCUAUUUCUUGUGUGCAGGUCAACAACGUACUUGAUCUAAAUAACAGUGAUCUCAUUGCUUGCACGGUGGUAUGGAAGGAUGGUCAAAAAAUACGCCGAUUUCUCGUAAUAGAUGUUCUCCAAUUAAUAUUAGUUGAACCUGACACUAAAAAGUUAGGUUGGGGUGUUGCAAAAUUUGUUGGUUUUUUGCAAGACAUUGAAGUUGUAGGCGAUAAAGAUGACUCUAGAUGUCUUCAUUUAACUAUUCACAAACCACUAAGUAAUAAUUCUUCUAACAAAUUGCCAGUACUAUGUGCAAAGUUUAUUUUUGAUGACCACAUACGAUGUAUGGCAGCAAAACAGAGAUUGACGAAAGGAAGAAUAAAGGCCAGACAAAAAAAGAUGGGUCAAAUUGCAAGACUUUUAAACAUUCCUGUGGGUACACCGAAUUGCUUUACACCCUCCAAUUAUACCUUGAUUGGCUUGAGAACAGAACGAGUUCCUGGUCGAGGACAAAGGCAUAAAGAUCAAUCAAGACCACUUUUUACCAUUAAUAAAGUGCCAGGAUUUGCUACUCAAAUGCAUCGUGAUGCAGUUAGUAAAACUGCAGGAAUUUCUUCUUUAAGUACAAAAAUUUCUGACGGGAAUUCCAACGAUAAUGUUGUAGAUAAUAGUUUAAAUUUGAGAGAUAAUCCCCUUAAAAUUGUAAGACCUAGAAGUGAAGAAAUUCCUCUGGAAGAUAUGAGCCUAAGGAAAUCAUCUUUAACACCAAAUUCUUCUUUGUGCUUAGAACAGAAAGAUAGUUUUAUACUUGGCUCUCUAUGCAAUCCAGAAGCUACUUUAGCGUCAAAGAAAGAUUCUGAAGAAACAUCUUUUACUUCCUCACAAAAUGAUGAGCUCAAAGCUAGAAGAAGAGGACAAGUCGAAACAGUAUAAUAAACUAAACGAUCUUUAUACAAAUUGAAAUGAAAUUAUACGUGUCUGUUAAAAAUUUUUGCAAUGAAACAAAAUAAAAUUGACUUGAUUUCUUA